AUGCUCUGGCUUUUUUCCGGCGGCGGCGGGAUAAAGCUGCUGGGUGCCCCCAACGAGCGAAUCUGGCCUUCCCUGCUGGACCUGCCCAACGUCCGAUCGGGAAAGAUCGACGUGCUAGGGGUAUCGCACCGGUAUAACCCCCUGGGGGUUUUGUUCCCUCAUUUCCGCAAGGAAGGGAUGGACUUUUUCAAGGAGAGGUUCACCUACGACCCAGACAAGAGAUUUUCGGCGAGACAAGCACUGCGGCACCAGUACUUCUUGAACAAGCCCCUGCCGAAGAGCAAGGACGUCAUGCCCACCUUCCCCACGAGACACGGACCGGAGCCGGCAAAACUAAAGAUGUCAUCCAAGGGGCAGCAGGCCUCGUCCUCCUCUUCUUGGGUAAUGGGCGCGAGUAAGAGCAAAAGCAGCAGCAACAGCGCUAGCGGGAGCGGGAGAAGAGGAGGCGGCUUGCUUCCGACGGCGGGUGGAGAGGGACGGCCGGCCGCGGUAGCCACGCGUACCUCCGCCAGCUCUUCUUCGGCUGCUGGUGCUGCCGCUGCCGCUGCUUCCGGCAGCAGCGGAGGCGCUAACGUCGGCAGCAGCAGCGCUACCGCCGCCGGGGGGGCACGAAGAGAAGACGCGGAAGAGUUGCGGGAGGGUGAUGGCGAAGGGACUAGCAGUAGCAGAAGAGCUGUGGGGGGAGGGGGCAGCGAGGGUUCGGUUCCCCUGAAGAAGCCGAGAAGAUAG